AUGGAACAUAUUCUAUAUAGUAAACGAUCUCGCCAAAUAUCAAAUCUAUGGACGUUUUGGGUGCUCUUUGGCGCUCUUUUGACCUUCUUGGGUGACACAAAGGCAAGCUAUCCUUCGUUCAAAAGCAUUCAAUGUCGUAAUGGCGCGCACUUGGCUUUAUUUUCCUCGGAACGUACUACCGUUGAUGAAGGUAACACUAGGAUUACGAUAACUUUGCAGCUAGACCAGCAGGUUAAGGCCGUCCAAAAUAUUCAUCGGCUGGCCUGCAUCGAAGUUAUGCUUUCUCUUGUUAUCCGUUCAGUUACUAAGCAUUAUGCUACCCCCAACUUAAUGCGACUAUUUAAAACUGUGGCCAAGGUGGCCUACGUCUGUGAAGAGAGUCGUAUUAAAAUAGGCUUUAGUCUGGACUCGAGUGGCUGUCUCGAAUGUACUUUAAAAUGCCUGUUCGAGAUUCUUGAGUUUGGCUUUAGCACUGCAUCUUUUGAGAAGGCUACCGCUCUUCUUUUUGACUCUACCAACUUAGACCCAUGUGAAACCAAACACCAUCUGCAGCUAAUUAGCGAGAAAUACGAUCUGUUCGGCCGAUCGGCCGCCAUGACAAGAAUUAAUGAUAACAUGCGCGUAUCCCUGAAAGAAAUCAAAAGUCUCUGGGAAUACAUAACUCAGCCUUCAAAUACUCAUAUUACUAUUUGCCAUGACGGCUUCAUGACUAAGUUGGCAACCCUUGCCCAAGCAGCGAUAGAGCCAACGAUUGUACGACCGCCCAUAAUGCAGUGGCCUUUUCAAGACUCAAUUGUGCUACUAGAGAACAUCCUAAUACCAAACUCAAGCAACCCGGCCAAUUAUGCCAAUCCGAUUUUAAUGUAUAACUCGCCCCAGGCAUCCACGGUCUUUUCGAUUAACAUGCCUGUUUUUCCUGAUGGCGAUAGAAGCACUGUUAAGAAGCACCUGGCGCUAAUCUGUUUUCUGUUGAACUUGGACUGUCCCGGCUCUUUGUUAGCGACACUAGGUACAGACCACAACAUUCGAGGCGGACAUGCUAGGCCGUUGGUUCUUGGCCAUACCACUUACAUUAGCAUGGAUUUCGUGCUGACAUCUGAUGCACAACUGAUUAAGGCUUUCCAUACCAUCUCAACUCAGCUAAAAUGUUAUUUAGUGCAGUUGCAUCGCUGGAUGGGUUUUGAUUCCUUAGCUUUAGAAACCAGUCCAAGUCGUAACCGGCUCAGCGAUCUAACACUCAUUAACACGGAGAUUUGCAAACGAAUCGAAGCUUCGUCCAACCAAAUGAAAGGCAAUUGGUUUGAGAGAAUUACAAGCACAACAACCAUACCCCCAGUUACUUGCGACAUAAACAGCCUUCACUAUAUGCUAAAGUGGCUAAUCGAGAGUUGGAGAUGGAAGCGAUAUUGCCAGGAACCCAUUGAUCAAACGCAGGAGCAUGAAGUGUACCCGGCCUAUAACAUCAGAUACAGACUGGUCAAAGAAGACACUUUGGCCAUGUCCUCUUUCAGCACAUUGGGUGCAGCACUGAAGGGUCUCAGUCUCUACACUUGGCCGUAUGAGAAUAAGGUUGACUUUAUCAAUCUCUUAAAGCAAACCGAGUUUGGGGCUUCUUAUAUGCAAUCCUACAUUUCUACAGUCUACCCCGCCAUAAACCUAGCUAUUCAACGAAUCGACUUUCUUAAGAGCGCUGCCGGCAAGCCAACAUUCUACAUAGCGUUGUAUCCUGCCUUUUUUACCAGUCUAGACAUGUACAUUUCCGCCGUUGGGUGGAUAUUGGUGCAUAUCGAGCGAACUAAAACAACGAGGUUCAAAAGCAAUGUCCGUUUGUGGACCAACGAAACAACCCGGCUGAUUUUGACAUUUGAAGGGGCAGCAGAAGCCAUCAAGAAAGAUCUGAUUGGAUUCUUUACUGAGUACCACCACCCAACAGAAUCUAAUUCCAAUCAAAUACUAAGCCCGAGCAUCAAAGCCGCAGGAGCCAAACACUUCCUACAUAAGUACGCCAAUCCAGUUGCAAGCGACAUUAAGUAUGCCGUGCUGGCAAUAUUGGGCCAGCCUAUUAUUCACCCCCAAUUUUGUCUCACGCACAUAGAAAAAGCCCGCGAGACGUCAUUUGGCUACGUGCCACUAAAAUGUGCUAGGAUUCAACUGAUUGCUCAUAACUGCUGGGCCGCAAAUCUGGAUGUAUUGUUAAAUGAUAGCAGUAUAUACCAGAGCGCGGAGACCCCAACCCCGACUGAGCCCCUGGCCUCACAAUCUUUAUUUAACCCAAAUGCGGAGUAUUGGACAUGUUCUCUCCAAUUUAACCCGUCUCAAAUGUACCAAUCGUUUGUUCUCGCCACCUUCCUCCGCUACUUAAUCAAGACAAGAAUAUUGAGUAGGGCAAGAAGCACUCUGGCCUUCGAUCCCUCCAUAGAGAUAGAUAUUAGCACGGUUCCAGGAAUUGUUCAGCUGACUAUUAUGCGUCCCAAAAAAACAGACUCCGACUUAAAGACUCCCAAGGAUCUUGUUACUGAAGCCGCCAACGAGGCUCUCUAUCUAACUAAUUCCAUGUUCGAGUCCUAUAAACAGAGCCUUCUUUUACAGACACCUAUUCUGGAGCUUACUAAGAGCUUAGUUCCCGAGCAGGUCUCCGAGUAUUGGGAGCUCUACUGGGACAAUCCUUUCUUUGUCUCCGAUCUUUACUACUUCUGCGAUCAACUUACUCCCAUUGAUUUUUACAACUUCGCCAUUACGGCCGCAGGCAAUCUUUAUCUUUAUGACUCGCCGCAGCAGGCCGAAGAAACAGCCCAGACCAAUUGUUCAACUCAAGCCCGGCCAAUGCUAUUCCAAAUGGGUUAA